UACAAGGGAUAAAGUUUACAUGUUAGGGAAUUGAUGUUAAUUUUUGUGGCACCGGAGGAAUUGACUAACAUAUACGAGAAAACGAAGGAGGAGGCCAUCAGGUGAGAUCCGACGAUCCGGCAACCAAGGACGCGGCGGCGGCUGCGUCGGCGUAGAAGAAGAUGGACAUGGACACGCCAGGAAGCAUCCACGCCCUGUGCGACGACGCUCUGCUGGAGAUCCUCGUCCGCCUCCCCUCCAAGUCCGUGCUCCGCUGCCGCGCCGUCUGCAAGAACUGGCGGCGCAUCACCACGGCCCGCUCCUUCCUCGCUGCCCACGCCGCCCGCCGCCCGCGGCAUAUGCUCGUCAUCACCCAGUCUUGGACGGUGAGCGCCGUCCCUCUUUCUCUCUACCCGGGGCCGGCGCCGGCCGACGACGACGACAUGGGGUGGCGCGGCUACCUUUGCGACCCAAUCACGCGGGGCAAGGACGGAAGGGUCACCAGGUCGUGCGGCCUGCUGGCUUCUCUCGAUGGCCUCCUGCUGCUGCGGCGAAGCCCGGGCCACUUCAUGGUGUGCAACCCCACGACCAGGCAGUGGAGCAAACUACCGGCGCUGGUUCCGAAGCCGUGUUCCAUCGUGUACCCGUGCGGCUUCUACUUCCACAGCUCCUCCGGCGAGUACCGCCUCCUGUGCCAUUAUGUGGAAGCAUCAGCCAGCGAGACCACCAGUUCGCCGGACUAGAGCUGGGAGGAGUACUACUACA